GAUGGAGCUGCAGAGAAAGGGCCAGGCUGCUGGUUAGGGAGCGAGCGCUGAGAGGCAGGAGAGUGAAAGUGCAGAGCUGAGGGGACAGUCCGCAGACUGGGGAACUGUGGGAAGUAAAGUAGAGGGAGCCGCUGCUCAAUGACAGCAGUUUAACUGAUGUGUAACAGAAGUUUUGCUCGAGAGGCAGACCACUCUAUGUAUCCGGCCUGGCAUCUUAGACACACCAUCAGGGUCUUUGCACUUCAGCAGGUUUAGGAAUUUCCUAGUGAUUUCAACAGCGUUCAGUCUCCAAAGUAUGACAGUAGUACAGUGACUCAAGGAAAAACAUUUUAUUUGGAAGAUCAAACCCUGUUAUUGGAAACUCUUUUGGGAACUCAGAGGUCAACAUUUCGAAGACAUUUGGCCUGUGCUAGUAUGGCAAAGAAGUCAGGUCACUAGAAGUGUGAAAAGGGAAUUUGUGGCUUUCCGGCCUGAGGAUCUGACAGAGCUGGGUCUGGGACUAUCACAAAGGAGGAACAGAGAGUGGAGUCUUAUAGUAAAGGAGACCACACUUUUAUUACAGAACUCUCCGGCACAAGAGAUGGGUUGGUUGGAAGAAAGAAAUUGGCAGCUUCACGUUUCCUUGAUUAUGCUGCUAUCCCUGCAUACAAGAGCAAAUCUGUUUGAUAGCAUGCUGCUGAGGAGUUCUGCAAAGCUGAAUGUGGACAGCAGGAAGGAAGACACAGAAAGCACAGCUCCUGCUCCACCACCGAAGAUGCUGUCGUGUUACUGCCACCACCAUUGUCCAGAAGACUCUUUCAAUAACACCUGCUGGACUGAUGGCUAUUGCUUUACAAUUGUCGAAGAAGAUGAAUCUGGCCUUCCUGUGGUCACUUCUGGCUGUUUGGGAUUAGAGGGAUCUGACUUCCAAUGUAGGGAUACACCAAUACCUCAUCAGAGGAGAUCCAUUGAAUGUUGCACAGAUGAAGACUUUUGUAAUAGAGAUCUCCAUCCCACAUUACCGCCUCUUAAAAAAACAGAUUUUGUUGAUGGGAGUAUCCACUAUAUGGCAUUGCUUAUUUCUGUGACGGUGUGCAGCAUCAUCCUGGCCAUUAUUCUCAUAUUCUGCUACUUCAGGUAUAAGCGCCAGGAAGCCAGACCCCGUUACAGCAUUGGAAUUGAACAGGAUGAGACAUACAUUCCUUCUGGAGAAUCACUGAAGGAUCUCAUUGAACAGUCGCAAAGCUCAGGAAGUGGCUCGGGGCUCCCUCUGCUGGUCCAAAGGACAAUAGCAAAGCAAAUACAGAUGGUGAAACAAAUUGGCAAAGGGCGCUACGGGGAGGUCUGGAUGGGUAAAUGGCGCGGAGAGAAAGUGGCUGUGAAAGUAUUCUUCACAACGGAAGAAGCAAGUUGGUUUCGAGAGACAGAAAUCUACCAGACUGUGCUUAUGCGACAUGAAAACAUACUGGGCUUUAUUGCAGCUGAUAUUAAAGGGACAGGGUCAUGGACUCAACUCUAUUUGAUCACAGACUAUCAUGAAAACGGCUCUCUCUAUGAUUACCUGAAGUCUACCACCCUGGAUACAAAGGCCAUGCUGAAACUAGCCUAUUCGACAGUUAGUGGCCUCUGCCACCUGCACACUGAAAUAUUUGGAACAAAAGGAAAACCAGCUAUUGCCCAUCGGGAUCUUAAAAGUAAAAAUAUACUGGUGAAGAAAAAUGGAACAUGCUGUAUCGCAGACCUGGGACUGGCAGUAAAAUUCAUUAGUGACACGAAUGAAGUGGACAUACCACCAAACACCAGAGUUGGCACAAAGCGCUAUAUGCCUCCAGAGGUGCUUGACGAGAGCUUAAACAGAAAUCACUUCCAGUCCUAUAUCAUGGCAGAUAUGUAUAGCUUUGGUCUUAUCCUUUGGGAAGUAGCCAGACGAUGCAUAUCGGGAGGUAUACUAGAGGAAUACCAGCUGCCCUACCAUGAUGUGGUACCUAGCGACCCAUCUUAUGAAGACAUGAGAGAAAUUGUCUGUAUCAGGAGAUUACGGCCCACAUUUCCGAACAGAUGGAGCAGCGAUGAGUGUCUGAGACAGAUGGGAAAGCUCAUGACAGAGUGUUGGGCUCACAAUCCAGCCUCUCGCCUCACAGCUCUACGAGUAAAGAAGACCUUAGCCAAAAUGUCAGAGUCUCAAGAUAUCAAGCUUUGAUUUAGCAAAUAACUAUUUUUAUGUAAGCUGUCGGAACUGGACUUUAUAUUUGUGACUGAAAAUCCUGAGGCGAAAUGGAACUUUUCUACAUUGAACAUCUGUGUUUACCUUGAAUACCAUGAACUGAGAGUAUAAAUGUCUAGACGAUUGAAUCAUCGGGACUUUUUGGAUAAAAUUCCAAAGGCUCUAUUACUCAAGCUGGUGUACAUGUGGAACAUAGUUUCAAUGACUAGAUACAAGAUUUAGCAUGUGCUGCUUUCUGUGAAAGCCGUGAAGUUUUUAUCGUUUGAAAAAGACCGUUUUUCUUCAUUCUUGUUGUAAUAAAAAAAGUCCAAUUUAAAUGUAAUAAUGCUAUAUAUUGUUAUGAAAUAGUUGAGCAAAGGUAAGGGUACCGGAAAAGAGAUCAAAAUAACCAGUUGCUUUUCAUCUUUGAAAACCUACGUGUAAUUGUUUAAAUAAUAAGAUGAAAUGUCUGUCCAGCCUUGAACUCACUUUCUGCUAGCCUAGAUCUGUGUCAUUGUAAUAUGUUUCUGACAAUAUAUUUUUUUAAUAAGACUUUAAGUUGAACAUAAAUAUGACAAGCAGUUGUCUUUUGUGAUUUAUAUGAAGCAGGGACUGCUAUUCAGCAUAUCAAAACAGGUGCCAAAGUAUGGGGUAAUGCUCAGGAAAUGUAUAGUAUAGCAUAGAGUGCAACUAGUCAUUUCCAACCAAUAGCUGCUUAAAGCUGUUUGGUGCGAAUCAGCAAAAUAUUCCUGUUGUAGCUUCAAAAUCUUUCUGCUCAGUGGCAGAGACUGGAGUAAUGGGGGCACACCAGUACUGCAACAUGAAGGCUCCUCUAGGCAGUCAUCCUGGGGGCCCCUCCCAGCUUCCCUAUGCGCGCACCUGCGUGAACGCUGUUGCACUGCGCGCCUGCACGGAAGCGCAGCUGCGAAAGUUUUUUAAGGGGUCAUCUUAUAUUGUACAGUUUCCCAUUGAUCAGACAAGGGCCUGAAUGGAUCAAACCUGCCCAUUUAAAAACUUACUUCUAUCCACGGGAUAAACACAUCACUCCAACCAGUAUAUAGAUGUACCACAAGUUGUGCACUGAAUGUUUGUAUUUGUGUAUGAGACCACUUAACUUAAUAUUCCUUCAUUCUUGAUGUCUGGCAUUGUACCGAAAGAUUAGUGAAUUGCUAAUGUGGUACCUUUAUUCAAAAAGGCUUCUUGUUCCAAGCCAGGUAACCAAAGGCCUGUUAGUUUGGCAUCUGUGGUAGAAAACAUUUUGGAGGGGAUAGUUUUCUGUUAAAUGAUAAAUGUGUGUUUCAAAAUACA